GAGGAGAUUUUCUGAGCUGAAUUAGUCCUCAUCAUCAUCAUCUGCGUUUCUAUUACUUUCGUCCAAUAUGAGCUCAAUUACUAGCUGAUCAACACUUUGCGCCUUGUAUGUGGCUGCGACUGCAGUUACUGGUGGUGGCUGUGCUGCGCAUUAUGUGUGUUUAUCAAAUCGGUCGGUGAUAUGUAGAUAGAUCUACGGAAGAGCUCUGCGAUCAGUAACUGAAGUAUCAGGUGAUACAGUUUUAUGUAUUGUGCGGUAUUUGUUUGCCGCUGAGGAGGGGAGAAGGGAGCUGCUGAGAAUCAGGAUUCAUCAGAGAUUGGUUGGCCUCUUUAUAUACUAUUUCAGAGAUGAACCCUCGUCGUCAAAAUGAGCCUGCACUAUUCAAAUCUUCUAAUAAGAAAGUGGCCGUGGCGCGCGAAAAGAACGAAGGAGAAAAAUCGGAUGAUACGAACUUCGAAAGAGCUUCUAAUGUUGAAAAUGAUGAUAUGGGCGCAUACAAUAAUACUUCCCAACAUUAUCUCGGUGUAGAUAAUUCUCAUCUCUCCUUGCAAAACAAAGAGAAUCUCAACAAUGAGGCCCUCGCUGACGAGUUCAAGAGCAACCUAAAUGCGAAUCAUAAGGAGGUCCCCACGUGUGUGGAGUGUGGGCGGACAUUCCCUUCGGUGAAGGCGAUGCAUGGCCACCUGAGAAGCCAUCCUAAUAGGGGCUACAAAGGAGCAGUCCCGCCGCCGAACAUGGCAAAGAAGCAACUAGUACAACCUAGCAGCACAUCGGCUCCUCAAGUGGAAAUUCCUGCCUCGAAGCGCCCGGUUCGACCGCGAAGAGAUCCAAAUCGAAUUAUUGAUCCGACCACCGAAGCAAUUAAUGCAGCUUUUAUGUUAGUUUAUCUCAGCAUAGAAACAAGUAAGCAAAGUGCUAGUCCAUCUCAUGAAAAUGAAACUUAUAGAUCACCUAAGAGGAAAAGGGAGAGCAUAGAAGACGACUUUAGAGUUAUCCAUGAUAAGGAAGAGACCGCAAACGAGGGUUCUGAAGGUGAUGAUCAUUUUGGUGGUCAUCAAAUAGACUGUGAUUAUGACGGAGAAUACAUCGAAGAAUCGCACUUACAACCAUUAUCUAAUUUGAUAGAAAAAAGGAAGAAGAAGGCUAAGAAAUCAGCUGGGUCUUAUCCGUGUGGCGUCUGCAAUAAAAUUUUUCCUACUCAUCAAGCAUUAGGCGGUCAUAUGGCAAGUCACAACAAAGGCAAGAACAUCAUGGAUGAAGCAUUUACGGCAAAUGAAGCAAAUGAAGUUGAACUAAGCCAUGUUGAGAAGCUGACAGUCGAGACGGCUUCGAAGGGACCGAAUUUAGGGAUACAUAAGUGUAAAAAGUGUGGCCAAAUAUUCGCAUCGGGACAAGCUCUCGGCGGGCACCAAAGGAAGCAUUAUCCUUUACCAGAUCACAGCCAGAAGGAAUGUAAUGUUUCACUCAAUCAAGAUCGAAAGAAAAGCAAUGUUGCACCCGAUCAUGGUUGGAAGAAAAGAUUACCAAAUAACAGUCAGAAGGAAAGUAAUGAUGUGUCUGAUGAUCGUCGGAAGGAAUGCAAUGAUGUGCCCGAUCAUGGUCAGGAGAAAAGCAAUGUUAUGUUCAACAUCGACCUCAACAAAUCUGUAGAUUUCAAUCAGGACCUACCUUCAUGAUUUGAAAGCAUAGAAGAGUUUUAGAGGUAAAGAACAGGGAGAACUUUUUUGCAAUAUUUAUGUUUUUUAGUUUUUGUAUGCAUUCAUUAUGUUAUAGUUUACUCAA